AUGGCAUUGCCUAUAUCAGAAAUCAAAGAUAUUGCCAAGAGGCUGACUGCUGCAAGCGACAGAAAGCAGUACAACUCCAUUAUUAAAUUAGUCAAUGAACUUGUGAUUCCAGAUAAUGUUACACAAUUGGAAGAAGAGGAGACAGAAAGAAACUUAAGAUUUCUAGUUAUGUCACUAUUUCAAAUAUUUAGGAAACUGUUUUCUCGUGGCGAUUUAACCGUUCCUUCGUCCAAAAAGGCCACUUUGGAGAAAGAACAGUUUGUUAAUUGGUGUAGGAAGGUCUAUGAAGCAUUCAAGACGAAGCUGUUAGCUAUUAUUUCGGACAUACCGUUUGAAACAUCUCUUGGAUUAGAUUCGCUUGAUGUCUAUCUUCAACUUGCGGAGCUGGAAUCAACUCAUUUUGCAUCUAAAAAGGGCGCCCCAUUUUUCCCCAAUAAGACAUUCAGAAAGUUAAUCAUCGCCCUAUGGUCCUCGAACAUGGGCGAAAUAGAAGACGUCAAGAACUCGGGAGCAUCUGAAAAUGUAAUCAUAAUAGAAUUUACGGAAAAAUAUUAUACGAAAUUUGCAGAUAUUCAGUACUACUUCCAAUCUGAAUUUAACCAACUGUUAGACGACCCAGCUUAUCAGGAUUUACUUUUAAAAAACGUAGGUAAAUGGUUGGCUUUAGCAAACCAUGAUAAGCAUUGUUCUAAUUCGGACGCAGAUUUGGAGAUCUUUGUACCAAAUCCACCACAAGCCAUCGAGAACGAAUCCAAGUUCAAGUCAAAUUUCGAAAAAAAUUGGUUAUCUCUCUUAAAUGGUCAAUUAUCUCUACAGCAGUAUAAGUCUAUCCUGUUAAUAUUGCAUAAGAGAAUAAUACCUCAUUUUCACACACCGACUAAACUAAUGGAUUUUCUUACUGAUUCCUACAAUUUGCAAAGCUCUAAUAACAACGCUGGUGUUAUACCCAUCCUAGCUUUGAACGGCCUUUUUGAAUUGAUGAAGAGAUUCAACUUGGAGUAUCCAAACUUUUACAUGAAACUUUAUCAAAUCAUAAGCCCAGAUCUGAUGCAUGUGAAAUACAGAGCAAGAUUCUUCAGGUUAAUGGAUGUAUUUUUGUCGUCAACACAUUUAUCUGCCCAUUUAGUGGCAUCUUUUAUCAAAAAGUUAGCAAGGCUUACGCUGGAAUCACCACCUUCUGCUAUCGUCACGGUGAUUCCCUUCAUUUAUAAUUUAAUCAGGAAGCAUCCUAAUUGUAUGAUUAUGCUGCACAACCCAGCUUUCAUUUCUAACCCAUUCCAGACAUCCGAUCAAGUCGCGCACUUGAAAAUUCUGAAAGAAAACUACGUGGAUCCCUUCGAUGUUCAUGAAUCAGACCCUGAAUCAACUCAUGCGCUGGAUUCCUCUCUGUGGGAGCUGGCGUCAUUGAUGGAACAUUAUCAUCCUAAUGUAGCCACAUUGGCCAAGAUAUUUGCUCAACCAUUCAAGAAGCUGAGCUAUAACAUGGAAGAUUUCCUAGACUGGAACUACGAUUCUUUGCUCAGUGCAGAAUCUUCAAGAAAGUUGAAGACACUUCCUACGUUAGAAUUUGAGACUUUCACAAAUGUUUUUGAUAAUGAAGAAGGCGAAAAUGGAUCAUCAUCCCAAAGUAAAGUCUACUUGUCCGGGGUAGCAUGGUAA